AUGAUUUGUAAGACAAUAGCGAGAUUGGGCUGCAGAGGACGACUAAUAAGAUUUCAUUCCCUCAAAAGUAUAGAUAAAGCGUCUCCUGAUGGUUUAUUUCAUGGCAUACCGAGAACGCAUCCUGAAAACUUCUUGAAUGCUUCAAUAAUUGACGCUAAUAAUGAUUCCACUAGCAUAUUUAGAGUUCAGAAUAAUGAUAAUAAUAUUUUGAUAAACUAUUUUUUUGAAUCAAUUUUAAGAAAUGAUUUGUUGAAAGCUCGUAUGUUACUUAACAGGAUGAAACAACGAGUGAAGAUCAAGGAAAGCUUUCAAAAUGUGAAUGUUUACUAUUCAUGUUUAACGGUUCUUUUGACAAAUUUAAUAUCUAAUCCAAAAACGAUUAAUAUCCAUAAUAUCAAGUUGAUUAUUGAUGAUGCCGAUUUAAGUUUUACACACGAGUAUAAUUCUGAAAUUAAAACAAAGUUAGUAUACUGUUUAUUGUAUUCUUAUAUUAAUGUCGAGAUUAAAUCUUUGAAAUAUAGUAUUUCAAAGUAUAUAGAAACAAUCCUAAAAAAGUGGAAUAUCACUCCUAGAGAUUUUAUAAACACCAUUUCCGAUAAUGAAGUGCUGAAAGCAUUUGCAAAGAUUACAAGAAUUCCUAACGUGUCAAGACAAGAUACUCCUCAGGAAGACAAUUCGAUUGACAAAUUUAAAACUGAUGGUUUGUUGGGCUUCAGCAAAUUAUGUGAUUAUAUAGCGACAAGGUUUGUUAAAUACGAUAAAUUAAGUCAAACUCCAUUAUAUGACUUGUACGAAAGUUUAUCUCCCGAAGAUAAAGAAAAUUUUAUUCGUGAUUACCAUACGUUCAAUCAACUGAAACAGUUAAAUGUCGAGGCAAAUUGUCUUGAUCUAGUUGAAAAUCUCCAACCCCACAGUAGGUCAAAUGAAAUCAACAUCAAUAAAUUUAAAAUGUCUAAUUCGAAGUUGGUUUAUUCUUGGUUUGAAUUAACCAUGAAUACAUUAAAUUCUUUAAUUGUCAAGUUGAAUAAAUCCAAUUUCAAAAGUAGUUCUCAGGAUGAAAUGAUAUUAUAUAAGUACAAAGUUUAUUUAAGUUUGCUUCCCAGAAGAAUUAUAGUUACAUUAAUGAUUUCAAAUAUUCUAUCAAAAACACUUACAUCCGAAUCGGGGUAUGUUAAAGUCUCAGAGUUGUCAAAUUCCUUGGGUUCGUCAUUUAAAAGAUUAAUUCUAAAGGACUCAAACUUUAAAGAUAUCAAGCCUUAUUUCAUGAAAUUUUUUCAUGAGGAGGAUUCUAUUGUCUUUUUUACCUCAUUGAUUAGUAUAUUUAUACAUAAUUGCAGAAUUCCUCAAUCGUUCAUCGACAGUGAUUCCUUUUCCCAGUCACUAAGAUUGAUGGAUAGUUCUCAAGAAAUUGAUCCGUCAUUUUUAUCUGAAAAAAAUGCUGAAUUCCCUGCAUUUCUUUGGGGUUAUCUAAGAAAUCAUGAUAGCCCAGCAUACAAGAAGACAGGAGUUAUUAAAAUUCAUCCAUAUUUACUGGAGGAGUUCAAGAGUUAUGAAUCUUUCUUUGUUGAUAGGUCAUUAUAUCUUCCGAUGCUUUGCCCUCCAAAGCCUUGGACGUCACCUGUUGUCGGUGGAUAUCUAAACGAUUUAAAGCCUAUUAUUAAUACAGAUGACAUAUCUACGUCCCUAUUCUAUUUGAAUAAAGCCCAUAAAACAGGACAACUUAAAUCACUUUAUGAAGGUCUAAACGUUCUUGGAUCUUUGGCAUGGGCAAUCAAUCCAUCUACUUUAAACAUAUUCAAUCAGGCUAUGAGUGUAAAUAAAGAAUUCUUGAAAAUACCGCCUAACUUCAAUGAAUUGCAAGUCAUAUUGCCGCAAGAACCAAAAAAACCGGACUAUUCAUCAGAAUCGGAAUAUAAUAAAGCUAUAUGGAAAUAUAGAAUUCAGGUAGGAAAAUCAUUACAAGAAUAUCAUGCCAUAAAGAGUCAGAGAGUAGAAUUGAAUUUAAUUCAACAAUUGGCUAAUUCGUUCAAUAAAAACGGAGACAUGUUUUAUUUACCUCAUAAUGUUGAUUUCAGAGGUAGGGCAUAUCCCAUGGUUUCAUUAUUAUCACAUUAUCAGGAUGACCUUGUACGCUCAUUAUUAAUGUUUUGGUUCGCUAAACCAUUGGGUCCCAACGGCUUUAAUUGGUUGAAAUAUCAAUUGGCUGGAGUUUACGGUAAGGAUAAGUUAUCAAUGGAUGAAAGAAUAGAUUUUAUUGAUAAGAAUCUAAAUUUGAUUGUUGAUUCCGCUGAAAAUCCAAUAAAAGGAAAAAUGUGGUGGAAAUCAGGAGAAAAACCUUGGCAAACCUUGAGCCUAUGCUUUGAAAUCAAUAAAGUGUUGCAAUAUUGUCAAAAUGAUGGUAACAAGGUUGAAGAAUACCUUUGUAGAAUUCCGAUACAUCAAGAUGGGUCGUGCAAUGGACUACAACAUUAUGCAGCAUUGGGUAAAGAUAAAGAAGGUGGAAUUUCAGUAAAUCUAUUGCAAACAGAUUCGAGUCGUCCUAUCAGAAGUGAUGUCUAUACAGAAGUCUUGAAUAUUGUUAAGGACCAAGUUUUGAAACAUUCACAAGAUCCUUCAAAUCAAUAUCAAGAACUCGCUGCGCUCGCUUUGUCAAUAUUAUCUAGAAAAGUUGUUAAACAAACUGUUAUGACUAGUGUGUAUGGUGUCACUAGACAUGGUGCUACUUUGCAAAUUAAUAUGAGAAUUAAGGAAAUCAUUAAGAAUUUUGAAGUUCAGUUGAACGAAGGCAAUGGAAUCCCAAUCACGCCUGAACAAUUCUCUAAAUUGAAGAUUUUAAAUGUCGAAGUUUCUAACUAUUUGGCAUCCACAGUCUUAAACUCAAUCACAAAAUUAUUUUCGGGCGCUAAAUUAAUUCAAGAUUGGUUAUUGUGCAAUUGUUUUCGAAUAAUAAAUUCGUUUGAUUUAGAAACCUUUCAAUCCUUGACAAGACUUAAUAAAAAAGAAGUAAUUGAUUUCUUUAAUCCGCAGCUUUAUAAACCGAUGAUGUGGACAUCCAUGUCAGGCUUUCCGGUUAUUCAACUAUACAAGCAUACUAAGCAAAAGGCAUUACCCACUUCAUUGCAAAGUAUAAUCAUCAACAAACCAUCUAAAUUGGCUAACAUAGAUGUAAGAAAACAGUUAAAUGCAGUUGCGCCUAAUUUUAUACAUUCAAUUGACUCGAUCCAUAUGCUUAUGACCUGUAUAUCUGCGGAGAAGAACAAUAUUCCAUUCGUUUCUGUUCACGAUUCAUUUUGGACCUUACCGUGUGAUGUCAAUAAACUUUCCAGGAUAAUAAGGGAAGAAUUCGUCAGAUUACAUUCUUCAAAUAUUAUUGAGAAUUUGAGAGAAGACAUGAUGUAUACUACAAGGAAAUCUUUCCAGCUCGUAUAUGUUAAAAAUAAGGAUAAUUUGGAGUUAAUAGAAGAAUUGAAUAGAUUAAGAUCACAAUAUUUUGAAGAACCCUUGAAAUUCACAAAAAAGCAUUACAAUAAGAUACUUUAUCACGAGUUGGUUCUUCAAACGAAUUAUCAGGAUGAUGCCAAUACGCCUAUACAAUUGGUUAGGAAAUAUAACCCACAUUUAUACUUCAGGUCAAAAAGUAGUCCAAAGUUGUUAAGCAUAUAUGAUUAUACGGAUUCACAUGAAACAUCAAAAAACGUUAAUAAAUUAACCAAGGCAUUCACGCCCUUGUUAGUUCCGGUCAAAAUAAUAGAAAAACCACCGACUGGUGAACUAGAUAUAAAAAAAGUAUUAGGUAGUGUAUAUUUCUUCUCAUAA